UCAAUGUGAAUCUUGUGGCAAACUGUGGAUCUUAUUCUGAUGGAGUGCAGCAAGUUCAGCUUGGAUAGUAGAACUCUCUUUUCAGUGAUGUUCAGUAUGAAUUAAAACCUUACUUGGUUUAACAUUACAAUUGCAAGGAGUGUUUAAAUCCCUUAUGGCGUUUGUUUUUGAAACAAAUCUGUGAUCAAGUCAUGUAGUACGCCAUCUCCACCAGCGAGAGGCAGUAAUGCGCUAGUUGGUGCACAAUCUACCGGAAAUGGCAGAAAGAAAAUACCAAGAAGAAGAACUCCGCACAUCUACUGAGCUAACUACUCAGUCCAGUCCUUUUUGGAUUUCACAAAAAAAAAAAAAAAGAGAGAAAGAAAUGAGAAGAAAAUGUAUUUUCGGAUGCCCAGGAGACUACCCUCUUUUUAAGCUUCCCAAGGAUGAGACGGUUCUUAAGCAAUGGCUGGACUUCAUUAUACAAAAUAACACUCCGACGAAAAAAAAUUGGCAUAUCUGUGCGAGGCACUUCACCGAUGACAGCUUUCUAAACAAAAGGGAAUUUGACAGUGGACUAAUAACAAGAUUAUCACUAAAAGACGACGCAAUUCCAACGCUCAGAAGAGCCCAUACGCCGUUGGCGUCUGCUCAAGGACUUAAACAAACUCGUCCGCCUGGCGCCACAAAUUCGGCAUUGGAACACACUGAGUGUUUCCUUAGUACAAGAUCGGUGUCUACACAGUUGUCAGCUGGAACGUUGAGGUUACAACACUACCGGAGUAAAGGUGUACAAGCCACUGUUCACACUGCAAGCAGAGGCACGGACGCUGAGCAGUCUUUACCGCACUUCCUGUCAACACCGGGGAAAUCUGCACAGUCAAAACGACCUCGAAUGGAAGUUGGGAAGGAAGAGGAUGAUGACUUCAGGAUCUCCAGUCCUGUAUCUCAAGAUUUAAACUAUGACCCAGGAGAUACAGUCACAAACUUCUCUGACUUGAUUGACAUGGAGUCUCCCUCUGAGUUAGAAGAUGCAGAAUACAUUGUAUCUGAAAGCGCUCUUAGGGAGAUUUUUGAGAACUGCCCUGUGUGCGAGAGACACUGCAUAGUACAUCUGCGCAGAUGUGGAGCAGUUGUUGCUUUCAAGCAGGACUGUCCACAUUGUUUUUUCACUCGGAAAUGGCAGAGCCAGCCAACGUUGGAGGAAAUUACCACAGAGUAAUCUGGAAGUCUCGACUGCAGUGUAUUUCAACGGGGCGGGGAGAAUCAUAUACGACAUUUCAAAGGAUUUGCGACACCGUAAGCUUUAUGGUGCACCGCUGUGAUGCGCUCAGGAGGCAGAGGAUGAUGGGACGUCGAGAUUUAAUUCAGCUUUGCUUGGGAACCAACAUGGCUUCCGCAAGAACAACGACCCCAAAUCUGUCGCCAAGGAAUUGCCAGCAUCAACUCACUAAACUAAGACAUGUCAGAAAUCCGAAACGUCUGAAAUUAUAAGAAAUUGUAAAUAUUAUAACUAUUAAGGAUUAUAAUAAAUGUUUGUACAGUUUGAAAGGUUUUUUUUUUCCUAUUUUCUGAAAAUAUUCACUACCACUGUUUUUCUCCAGAGUAGUUCAUUAUCAACUCUGUCUAUAUUGGUGAUAUUUUGUAGGAAGUUUACCUGAAAUCCAGGAAGGUAUCUGAUGCAAUUUAGUUCUGCAGGCAGCUGAUAAAUCCUCCACACCUUACAGAAAAAAUAAUGUUAGUUUUUGUUUUUCCUGACAAAAAAAUAAAACAAAAACAUUGACAUUUUCUGUCAGGUAGUGGUUAGACUUUCUUCUCAUUCUGUCUAACCAAAUAGGAUUAUACCUUUGACAGAAAAGACCAGAUUAACUUGUCCUCUAGGUAAUUAAUGACAUACGCAUUUCUAAAUAAAUAUGCUGACUAAAACUCUUGUUUUAGUCAAUCUUGAA